GAAGUAAAGUGGAACCCCAGAUUGGAGACUUAGUGAAAAGGAUCAAGACCCUAAUUGAAGAGAAAAGAGUGAACAACGAGGAACUGAAGAAGUUGCAGGCACGGCGAGGAGAAAUGGAGAAGGAACUCGAUGAGUUAAAUCAGGAGAUCUUUUAUCUGGAGGGUGACUGUAACACUAAGGAAGCAAAUUUGAAGAGGCUGCAUUUCCAGUAUGAUCAGAGUAAAGCUCAGACUGAGAGACAGCUGGAUGUGAGCCGAGAGAGCAAACAAAGAAUUGAGGCGCUAGCUGCCCAGAUUGAGGAAGAGAAGCUGAAGAGGAAGAGAGAAAGGAACGCAUUUGAGCAGCAACUUGAGGAACUCAUCAGCAAGCACAAGUGGAUGGCUGAAUUUUACCAGACUCCGGCCAGGCUUGAACAGGAGAUGCGGAACAUUGAAAACUCCAAGCAGCAGCUCCUGAGCGAAGAGCGCACAAUGCUGGAGAAGCUGGGCACCCUGGACAAGGAACUGGACUCUCUCCGGCAACGGGGAGCUGCUUCUGAAGAGGCCGUCUUCCUGCACAGCAAAGAGGCAAAGUUUACCCACCAACUGUUUGAGGAAGAGAACAAAGCGGUGAAAAGUUUGUUCAGAGAGGUUUCGGAGUGUUCCUCAGAUCUUCGGCAGAUACCAAAGCUGAGCAGGUGAGGUAAAAGGAACCCAGUGCUUGGAUCUGUGACCAAACUGGGAUGUUUGUUCUCAUCUUUAGCAGAAUGUGCAAUCUCUCAGUGGUGAUUUAUAGA